AAUGAAACGAAUCCUGCGAAUAAAUUGGAUCCCAAGCCAAUCAACUCUUUUCACAUGGGCCCAAAUUAAUUAAUUCUCCAAUCACAAAAUUCCACGUGGCAAUCAUCUUUUCUCCAUCCCAAAAAGUCUCACAAAAUAUGAGAGUACAAAAUAUGACCAGUAAACACAACUAUGUAAAUGUAAUCAAAAGACAGCGACAUCCCAACUCAGUCCAUAUCCCAUAUUUAAUCAUAUUUAUUACUAAUCAAUCAAUUAAUUAAUUAUUCAGUCAAUAAUCUCCAUUUAUUUAUAUAAUAAAUCAUACGGUUACGUUCAAACCUCAUCAUUGAGAAUUGAGAUACUCCAUAUCACAUCAAUUUUCUCCCUUUUUAUUAUAAUCUUCUUCACCAGCCGCUAAUCUUUACCAUAUAUAUUCAAUCCUACACUAUUUCUUUAUAACUUGUACUCUUAUUUUUUGUUUAUCCAACUUCCUCCAUUUUUAUUUUAUUUUUAUUUUUCUAAAACCUAAAACAUGGAUGACCAUGAUGAAGUUGAGGUGCCCCAUUAUUUUCUUUGUCCAAUUUCCCUACAAAUUAUGAAAGACCCCGUCACGACCGCCACCGGUAUCACCUACGACCGCUCUAGCAUCGAGCGGUGGUUAAAGGAGGCAGUCGUGAAUGAGCCCGUUUGUCCCGUCACUAAACAACCACUUCCUAGUCAACAUUUAACACCUAACCACACCUUACGACGUCUCAUCCAAGGUUGGUGCGUAGCCAAUGCUAACCGUGGUGUUGAACGUAUCCCUACUCCUAAACCCGUCCUUUGCCGUGCCCACGUAUUGAAGAUUUUACGCGGUCUUAGCGUGCCUCGCUUGCAGUCUGCCUCACUCGAUCAACUCCUAUCGUUGAUCUCGACUACUUCGGAAGAUGAACAUGCCAAGGAUGAUGAUAGGAAACUCAUGGCGGAGUGUGGGGUCGUUAAAGCAAUGGCUUCGUUGAUUAUCACUUGUUAUAAGGAUAACAAGACUACGUUUCUUAACGAAGCCUUGAGAAUUCUUACAGCGGUUUGGGUACCGGCUAAUGUGUCCUCUGAGGUGAGGACUAUUGUGUCGGACAACAUUGACCUAGUCGAUGCUAUCACGUGGGUCCUCUUCGACAAAAAUGUCCAAAGGAGGACCCACGCGGUCAAUUUGAUCAAUGAGGUGGUCAAGGUUGCGGGCUCCAGCCUAGUCGAGAGGCUGAAGCCCGAGUUUUUCAAAGGAGUUGUGGGUAUAUUAUUGGAUCGUCAAAACAAUGAUGAUAACAAUAAUAAUAAGAAUAUCAAUGUAGGCCAAAUGAAAGCGGCCCUCCGGGUGUUACUCGAGGUGUGUCAACAUGGGAGGAAUAGGCACAGAAUCAUUGAAGCCAACACCAUUUUCCACCUUAUUGAGAUCGAGUUAGAGUUGGGCCUGGCCCAAUCCGAGAAGAAUAAGAAAAUGAGCGAGCUUAUAUUUUGUCUAUUAGCCCAACUGUGCUCCUGCGCUGACGGGCGAGCCCAAUUCCUAGCCCACUCCGGAGGGAUGGCUGUGGUGUCGAAGAGGAUCUUGCGGGUGUCAGCCGUGGUGGAUGACCGGGCGGUGCACGUAUUCGGGUUAAUAGCAAAGUUCUCAGCCACCAAGGAAGUGCUGCAUGAGAUGCUAAAGGUUGGUGCAGUUUCAAAGCUAUGCAUGGUGUUGCAAGCAGAUUGUGCAAAAUAUUUGAAGGAUAAAGUGAGGGAAAUGUUAAGGAUGCAUGCGUCUGCUUGGAACAACUCACCUUGUAUUCAAGUUUACCUUUUAACAAGGUAUCCUAUGUUACAAUUUUGAUAAUAUACAUGAUACAUAUUGAUAUGUAGUCCGAUCUACAUUUUUUUUAGUAUAUACAACUCUAUCAAUUAUGGUAGAAGUAAAUUUAGGUUUAGCAAAGAAUUAAGUGGAAGUUAAAUGUGGUAUUUUCUUUUACAAAUUGUAAUUAAUAUAUAGAGUAUAAAAUACCUAUAUGGUUUAUUUGAGCAAUAUAUAUUAUAUACC